AUCAGCCCCUCACAGUCAAUUCUGCCUCGUGGAGAGUCAAAAAUAAAUGAGUUCGUGUGUGUGUAAAGUUAAGAUAACGAGUCCUGUCCUACGUGGCAGAGCUCGUCGAUAACGACGAGGCCUCCUAGGUAUUUUCAGUGUUAUCACCACCUGAAACCGGUGGAUUGCUGAAGCACUCUGACUUUCCUGAUAAUCAUGGUGGAUAAAAGCUCAGCGUCAGAAGUUUGGAUUGAAGGUCAAAAAGUCCAGCCGCUCCCAAAGCCUUUAUCUCAGACUCAAAAGUGGGACUCUCCUCUCUGGGAAGACGGUGUUAGUGCUGCAGACUCAAGACUUGUUUGUGUGCUGAAGAGACUGUGAGUGAGAACACAUGAAAACGGAGAACUGCAGCUGUGUUUUCCUCCAGCAGAUGUCACCAGUGAGUCAGUGAUGAGCUGACUGGGAGCAGGCAGCUCAUUGUUUGUACAUGAAGAAAUCUGCUCCAGAUAGACUAUGACAACUUUUUUUUUUUCAUUGAGCACAUACAGUAGAGUCGUAAAUACAGCAGCUGACCGUGGUGUGUGAUCGGAGCUACAGUUUGGACAGAUCCUGCGACAUCUUUUAUUUAUUUUUUAUUUUUUGACAAAGUGUGGGCUCAUUGAUCAAACGUGAGGACUUUAUAAUGAGAUAAUUAAUAUCAAUGAAUGGAAAGAUUAUUUAAAAUGUGUUGCAUUCCCAUAAGGCUCGAGAUAAUAAUUUAAUUAGUAAAAAUUCAAAUUACAAGCAGGCCAACAUGCGCUAUAAACAACAGAAUAGACCUGCUGCUGUACUGCAUGACUUCACUUAAUUUAUUAGUAUAGGCUAUUAACUUAACAGUGUUUAGUAUUGUAAUUGUAAAGUAUUACCGUAGGAUGCAGCCUCUUUAAAGGGCAUGAGUGCAUUUAGUGAGAACCCUUGGGUUGGAUUUGAAAUGCAGAGGCCAGCUGCACUUUGGACACUUUGACGCUCAUUUCUUCGUCGGCCACGCUCGUGCAACUUCUAAAUAAUCCGCAUCAAAUCACGAACAUUUUCCACAUGGGUGUGUUUUCGGGAUAAAAUGCACCACAUACACUCGGGUGUGUAUGGGUGAUGUGGAAGAGUCGGAACGAAUCCAUUAAGCGUUUAAAAAAAAUAAUCAAUUUAAACCAUAAUAAACUAUUUGCAACAGCAGCCACGGUUUAUGUCAUCAUCAUAAUAACCUAAUUGGGCUGUAUCUCUAAUGUGAGACGCCGUGUGUGCACUGUAAAAACAUUUAUAGUCUCAUAACAGUGCGCGCACCCUCCCUUCGCUCUGUCCCUCUUGACUUGGUGACAGACCUAAAAGCCUUUUGUUGCAAUCUUAGCCAAUGGAGACGGAUUACGACACCGGGCAGCUGAGAUAUAUAAAGAGCCCCUUUUUGACCGCACUUGCACAUUUUUCAGUGACACUUCUGAACAUUCACACACCUCCAUGGACUAAAUUGUACAGAAGAGCCCCAAAAACAGCCAUUGUACUACACGUGAGCGGGCUGCGCAUGCAUCAGACAGAUAAUUUAACUUUCAAUCACAGCAGCCCGUACCGAGACACACUGGAACGUACUUUUUUCUUUUUGACAAUUUAUUGCAAAAUCUCCUGCUGUUACUGCUGCUGCUCCAAAAAGAGGCAACUUCGGGGUGAUCGUUUUGGAUUAGAUGCAUGUCACUGAUUCCCUGGCUGUUGUAGGAUAAGGCAAGGAGCGGCGCACAUCCGAGAGAGGGGUUACAACGGGAUAAAGCGAGUAAAAAGACAAGAGAAAGAAAGAAAAAAAAAAGUUGCGUUUCUUGGUGUCCACGCGUCGUCAUGCCGAGGUACAACUUCUUACUGUGCUUGAUGGUGCUCAUCUCCCUGGGACAGUCGGGGAGCGAUGAGCCCAAUCUGCUGCUGCCUUCUGCCAGCGAGACGCCCACGGAUGCCGGGCUGUCCCUGCUGGACGAGGACGCCGGUUCCCACGAGUGCUCCGCCUGUGUUUGGAGGGAGCAGAGCAAAGUGCUGAGACUGGAGACCAUCAAGUCCCAGAUCCUGAGCAAGUUGCGUCUGAAGCAGGCGCCCAACAUCAGCCGGGAGGUGGUCAAUCAGCUGCUGCCCAAGGCGCCUCCGCUCCAGCAGCUCCUGGACCAUCACGACUUCCAGGGAGACGCGUCGUCCCAGGAUGAGUUUAUGGAGGAGGAUGAGUACCACGCCACCACGGAGUCCGUGAUCACCAUGGCCUCUGAGCCGGAGCCCCUGGUGCAGGUGAACGGGAAGCCGAGCUGCUGCUUCUUCAAGUUCAGCCCCAAGUUGAUGUUCACGAAGGUGCUGAAGGCCCAGCUGUGGGUGUACCUGCGACCGCUGCAGCAGACCUCCACCGUCUACCUGCAGAUCCUCCGGCUGAAGCCCGUUACGGAGCAGGGCAGCCGCCACAUCCGCAUCCGCUCCCUGAAGAUAGAGCUCAACUCCAGGGUUGGCCACUGGCAAAGUAUUGACUUUAAGCACGUGUUGCAGAACUGGUUCAAACAGCCCCACACCAACUGGGGGAUCGACAUCAACGCCUUUGAUGAGAGCGGCAAUGACCUGGCUGUUACCUCACUGCGACCUGGGGAGGAGGGGCUGCAGCCGUUCCUGGAAGUGAAGGUUCUCGAGACGACCAAACGUUCUCGGAGAAACCUCGGCCUGGACUGCGACGAGCACUCCACCGAGUCGCGCUGCUGUCGCUACCCUCUGACUGUGGAUUUCGAGGCGUUCGGCUGGGACUGGAUCAUUGCUCCCAAACGCUACAAAGCCAACUAUUGCUCCGGCCAGUGCGAGUACAUGUUCAUGCAGAAAUACCCGCACACCCACUUGGUGCAGCACGCCAACCCCCGUGGCUCCGCAGGGCCCUGCUGUACGCCAACCAAGAUGUCCCCCAUUAACAUGCUCUACUUCAAUGACAAGCAGCAGAUCAUUCACGGCAAAAUCCCAGGGAUGGUGGUGGAUAGAUGUGGCUGCUCUUAGGCUGCAGGGGAGAGGCACACUUGUGUACAGCCACCAUCGCAUCGAACCACCCAAAACCCUUACGGAGCUCUCCCCUGGCACCAGAACCCACUCCUCUGCACCAGAUUUCACUUUUGCUCAGCCACAAAAAUCAUCCCACUGGGUUUUUCCAUAUUUCCAGUAAUUAAACUGAUUCUAACUGUAAAAGAAAAAGAUAUAAAUGAAACAUGAAUCAAAAAAAGACUAAAAGGAGUGACUGAUGGGAAUACAGUACAUUAUGAAUGAAUUAAAGAGCUUGUCCUGGUGGAGCAGCUUCACAAAAAAAAAAAAAAAACGGUAAAU